AUGGCUGAUCUCAAGGCUCGGGCUGAGGCAGCGCUGCCCAAAUUCAAGCUUGAAAAGGUGCUCAACCAAGCCGGCCGCCGCGUCUCCCUCUACGGCACAAUCGACAAUGAGCCCGCCGUCAUGGUCGUCGAGCGCGCGACGUUUCCCACAUCAAAGGCCUAUCUUGCUGGAUUGCCCUCAUCGCUUGUGCGGCUGCGAAAUCUGGGCGCAAACGACAUCUACUCGUGGAGCAUGGCGAGGACAGGAUCCGUGGACGAGGAGAUCAAGCCCGAGGCGGACAACGGACACGACAACGGCGUCGAUUUCUUUGCGGAUCUAAAAAUCAACUUGAUAUACCCGUGCACAGAGGCACAUGUCAAAAAGUACAGCAAGCAGGCCGUCCGAUUCGUUACCGAGACACCGGAGAUCUACAAGAAUCACAUCCGACCGUUUAUGCAGCUUAAAAGAGAGGAGGGAAGAUUAAACUGGGUAUUCAACAUCAUUGAAGGCAGAACCGAGGUGGAAGACGUUAUAUACAGAACUAAGCUUGGCGAAGCUGGCGAUGAAGGUUUCCUGCUCAUACCAGACCUCAACUGGGACCGCAAGACACUCGAAGGUCUGCAUCUGCUGGCGCUGGUUGAGCGGCGGGAUAUCUGCACAUGA